AUGAUCCUAGGAAAUUUGAUCUACCUGACUGUCACUCGACCUGAUAUUGCCUAUGCCGUCCAUAUCGUCAGUCAGUUUAUGUCUGCUCCUCGGACGACUCAUCGUUAUAUUGUUCUACGGAUUCUCUGGUACAUCAAAGGCACUCUCCUCCAUGACCUUCAUUAUUCAGCUCGCUUCUCCUUGGUUUUGACCGGGUAUUUUGACGCUUAUUGGGCGGGAGAUUCUUUUGAUCGUCGCUCGACCACUGGGUUUUGCUUCUUCCUUGGCGACUCGCUUAUUUCUUGGCGCAACAAGAAAGAAGCAGUCAUCUCCUGGUCCAGUGAGAAGUCCGAGUAUAGAGCUCUUGCCGACACCACUGCCGAGCUUUUAUGGCUUCGCUGGCUGCUGGCUUAUCUCGGUGUGCCUCAGUCCUCUGCGACUAUUAUUCAUUGUGACAAUCAGAGCGCCACAAAGAUUUCGACGAAUGAUAUUGUUCACGAGCGUACGAAGUACAUUGAGAUCGAUUGUCACCUUAUUGCUGACGGCUUCACCAAGUCUCAUCUUCCCGGCCGUUUUCAGACAUUCUUGAGCAAGUUCAAGUUGGGUUCCACCGUUCCACCUUGA